UUUGGACUGGAGGGGGGGGAGGGUGUCCGGCCUGCGAGAACCCCGCAUUUCGGCCACUCCAGGCUUUUCCCUUUUCCGUCAAAUUGAGCCCGAGCGAGGCACAAGACCAUAUUGGAGAGAGAGGGAGACUAGACACCACACACACACACACACACAAACACACACUCACACACACCAGACGACGAACAUCAGUACACGUACAAGUACAACCAGUGGCACCACCGCCAUCCUAUUGGCCUUCCCAAUUCGCGUGUGCUACACUAGCAAGUGAGGCGGUGGCUGCCAAUGCCUCCUCUUCCUUCUCCUCCUCCUCCUCAUCAGAUCAUAAGCCGCACCCUUCGAAAUGCGGGGUGCCUUACCCGUCCUCCGCGGGCGAAGAAGCUGCCGCCGCCGCACUCCAGGCUCAACUCAACCUCGCAGGCGGUGAGCCACGGGAGAGCUCGCCCUCCCACGACAUGCCCGACGACGCCCGCGAGACGAGGCUUUUGCGCUUCAGGUCACCAUCGCGACUCUGACUCUGCCGCCGACAUGACGCCGCCGUCCGCCGGAGGGGGUCUGCCCCGGUCCAACUCCUGCAGGACGCACGCGAGGGCCCGCCUCCAGGAUACGCUCACGGCCGACUUGCUCGAAAGGCUCCGCCGCUUCUGGUUCAAGCACCUCAAGACGGACGACGCCUACAUCCUGCCGCAGAAGAGCCAGAUGGGGCGGUGGUUCUUUUCCGACGCCGACUUUGACCAGGUUUGCGUGAGAAAGUACCGUCCCGUCCUCGAGGCCAUGAGGUCGGCGCGGACAACGAGCAAAGACCUGCUCUCCAUCCUGAGGCCCUCCACACCCCUGCAGUGGCUCGGCCUCGUCCUCCUCCUGGACCAGGUCCCGCGCAACGUCUACCGCGGCCCGGAGUCGUCCGUCGUCUUCAACUUCUUCGACCCCGUCGCCCGCGAGGUCGCCCAGCACGCCAUCGACGCCGGCGCCCCGACCCACCACCGGGUCCGGUACCGCGUCGCCUACCGCAUGUGGUUCUACCUGCCCCUCAUGCACUCCGAGGACCUCGCGCUGCACGACGCCGCCGUCGGCCACUACCGCCGCAUGAGGGACGACUUCGAGGAGCUCAUGGCCGGCGACGGCGCCGCCGGGCCCGACGACCAGCGCAAGUGCUGGGGAGUGCUGACCGCCCGCCGCGAGGCCGCCCGGGAUCUGCUCGAGACCAACUACGACUUUGAGAUGAAGCACCGGGACAUCAUCGUGCAGUUCGGGCGGUACCCCCACAGGAACGCCGCCAUGGGCCGGCCCUCGACGGCCGAGGAGAGGGAUUAUCUCGACAACGGCGGCGAGACGUUCAACAACAAUAGCGGCGGCGGCGGCGGCGGAAAGUAAUAAGAGUCUUUUUCUUUUCAAAUGGCUUUCCCUCCCUCUCUAUGAUUUUAUCGUGGUGUGGGUGAGCGCACUUUCUCGUGUCUUUCUGGAUACAGCGAGGGAACUUGAUGAUUGCGUCGCCUGUUUGCGGACUCUUUCUUUUGCGUUACCAAUUUUUUUUAAAAUUCUUGAGCCAUCGACGACAACUUGGUAUUGUCACCAAACCGGUAGGUGGUCCUGUUUCAACGAAGCUUGAGCCGUUGUGCAAAGAAGCAAUCCGAACACGAAGAAGAGGGACCGCGGUUGAACAACUGUUUUCAUAGUUAAUGUCUAUCUAUCAGCGAUUUUUAUUAUUUGCUGGUCAAC